AUGUCCACCGCGCGCGCGGCGAUGGUGUGCGCUCCGGUGCGCGCGCGGGGGGGGGUGCGCGCGCGCGCGCGCGGCGCGGUGCGACGGGUGACGACGCGGGCGAUGGGACCCGAACUGCGGGAAUCCGUCGACGCGUUCGUGCGGGAGAACAAGGUGGUGCUCUUCAUGAAGGGGACGAAGGCGGCGCCGAGGUGUGGAUUCUCGAACACGUGCGUGCAGAUUUUACAAAACAUGAACGUGCCGUUCGCGGAUGUGGAUAUUUUGGCGAAUGAGGAUUUGAGGCAAGGGAUGAAGGAGUACUCGUCGUGGCCGACUUUUCCGCAGUUGUACAUCGGCGGUGAGUUCUUCGGAGGGUGCGACAUCACGGUCGAAGCGUUUAAGGAUGGUUCGCUCAAGGAGGAGUUGGAGCGGGCUAUGAUGGAGUGA